AUGUUCUUUCAAGAUGGAAUCAGUCAUGGCUUUCCUUUUCUCUCUCUUUCUCUAUCUCCUUCUCUCUAUUUCUUUCUCUUUCUCCUUCUCUCUAUUUCUUUCUCUUUCUCCUUCUUUCCUUCUUUCUUUAUCUUCUUUUUUCUUUCUUUUUUUCUUCUUCAGCUUCUUUCUUUCUUUCUAUUUCUCUUUUGUCCUUAUCUUUUACUCUUUCUCCUUUCUUUCUUUUCUUACCCUUUAGAUUGGUUCUUCCUUUUCUCGUCUUUUUCUCCUUUUCCAAUUUAUCUUUCUCGUGAUUUCUUCUCUUUUCUCUUAAUUGUUGCGUGUAAUCUGAUCUUUUUCUUUCGGUUUAAUAUUUUCUCGUUACCAAUGGCGCCGCUGUUGUCUGUCACUUUCAAUGUUUCGUCUCUCUCUAUCUCUUUCCCGCCAUUUCGUCUCUUUCUCGAUAUUUCUAUUCUUUCCGUUCAAUCUUUCCCAACAGAUAGUCUGUUUCCCUCUCUCAACAUCUCUUCUCUCUCUGUUUCUCUCUCUCUUUCUCUCUCUCUCUCUCUCAGCAUUUCGUUUCUCACCUUGACUCUCCAUCUAUCACUCAAUAUAUCGUCUCUUUCUCUCUCUUUCUCAAUAUAUCGUCUCUUUCUCUCUUUCUAUUUCUCUGAACAUUUUGUGUAUUUCUGUUUCUUUCCCAUUUCAUUUCUUUCUUACUCUUUCUCUUUUUCUCUUUCUCAACAUUUCUCACUUUCUUUCUCAGAAAGAGAAAAAUACGAAAUACUUUCUCAGCAUUUCGUCUCUUUUACUCUCUCUUUCUCAGCAUUUCGUCUCUUUUACUCUCUCUUACUCAUCAUUCCGUCUCUUUUACUCUCGCUUACUCAUCAUUCCGUCUUUUUUGUUAUACUCAACAUUUCUUCCCUUUCUCUCUCUGUCUCUCUAUCAAUAUUCCGUCUGUUUCCCUCACUCUUUCUCAGCAGCCGUUUUUCUUUACCAGCAUUUCGUUUAUUUCUCUCUCUUUCCCACUCUCAACAUUCCGUGUGCUUGUCUUGCUUUCUCAACAUUCUGUCUCUUUCUCUCUCUCUCUCUCUCUCUCUCUCUCUCUCUCUCUCUUUCUCUCUCUCUCUUUCUCAACGUUUCAAUUCUUCCAAGUUUUUUCCUUUCAUUUUCUUUCUUUUCUCUUUACUUCAACAAAAUAGUUUAUCCUCCCUUUUCUUUUCUUUUCUUUUCUUUUCUUUUUUCUCUAAUUCCUUUCCCUCAUUCUUCGCUUUUUCUGAUCCGUGUCCGACAUUUCACACUUCCCUCCUAUUCCCAGGCCUUCAUACUUCCGUUUUGAUAAAACAACUUUUUACUUCCAUCUUCUUUAUUCUUUUCACCUUUUCUUCCUUUUUUUUACUUUCACCCUUUCUUCAUUUUUUUUACUUUAACCCUUUCUUUCUUUUUUUACUUUCACCUUUUCUUCCUUUUUUUUCCUUUCACUCUUUCUUCCUUUUUUUUUACUUGCAACCCUUUUUCCUUGCUUUUACUUUCACCUCUCCUUCAUUUCUUUUACUUUCACCCUUUCUUCCUUUUCCUUACUUUCACCCUUUCUUCCUUUCUUUUACAUUCACCAUUUCUUCCUUUCUUUUACUCUCACCCUUUCUUCCUUUUUUCUUACUUUCACCAUUUCUUCCUUUUUUUUACUUUCACCUUUUCUUCCUUUUUUUUACUUUCACCUUUUCUUCCUUUCUUUUACUUUCACCCUUUCUUCCUUUCUUUUACUUUCAGCCUUUCUUCCUUUCUUUUACUUUCACAUUUCUUCCAUUUGUUUUACUUUCAACCUUUCUUCCUUUUUUUUACCCUUUCUUCCUUUUUUUUACUUUCACCUUUUCUUCCUUUAUUUACAUUCACGCUUUCUUCCUUUUUUCUUACUUUCCCCCUUCUUCCGUUUUUCUUACUUUCACCCUUUCUUUCUUUUUUCUUACAUUUAACCUUUCCUCCUUUUUUUUUAAUUUCCCUUUUUCUUCCUUUUUUUUACUUUCAACCUUUCUUCUUUUAUUUACAUUCACCCUUUUUUUUAUUUACAUUCACCCUUUUUUUUUAUUUACAUUCACCCGUUCUUCCUUUAUUUACAUUGACCCUUUCUUCUUUUUCUUUUACUUUCACCCUUUCUUCCUUUUUUUUUACAUUCACCCUUUCUUCCGUUUUUCUUACUUUCACCCUUUUUUUCUUUUUUUCUUACAUUCACCCUUUCCUCCUUUUUUACUUUGCCUUUUUCUUCCUUUUUUUUACUUUCAACCUUACUUUUUUUAUUUACAUUCACCCUUUUUUAUUUAUAUUCACCCUUUCUUCCUUUUUUCUUACUUUCACCGUUUCUACCUUUUUUCUUACUUUCACCAGUUCUUUAUUUUUUCUUACUUUCACCCUUUCUUCCAUUUUUUUCACUUUCACCCUUUCUUCCUUUUUUUACAUUCAUCCUUUCUUCCGUUUUUCUUACUUUCACCCUUUCUUUCUUUUUUCUUACAUUCACCCUUUCCUCCUUUUUUUACUUUCCUUUUUUCUUCCUUUUUUUUACUUUCAACCUUUCUUCUUUUAUUUACAUUCACCCUUUUUUUUAUUUACAUUCACCCUUUCUUCCUUUCUUUUGCUUUCACCCUUUCUUCAUUUUUUUCCUUUCACCCUUUCUUCCUUUUUUUUUACUUGCACCCUUUUUUCCUUGCUUUUACUUUCGCCUCUCCUUCAUUUCUUUUAAUUUCACCCUUUCUUCCUUUUCCUUACUUUCACCCUUUCUUCCUUUCUUUUACAUUCACCAUUUCUUCAUUUCUUUUACUCUCACCCUUUCUUCCUUUUUUCUUACUUUCACCCUUUCUUCCUUUUUUUUACUUUAACCUUUUCUUCCUUUUUUUACUUUCACUCUUUCUUCCUUUCUUUUACUUUCACCCUUUCUUCCUUUCUUUUACUUUCACAUUUCUUCCAUUUUUUUUACUUUCAACCUUUCUUCCUUUUUUUUACGUUCACCCUUUCUUUCGUUUUUCUUACAUUCACCCUUUCUUCAAUUUUUCUUACUUUCAACCUUUCUUCCUUUUUUUACUUUCACGUUUUCUUCCUUUUUUUACUUUCUUAAUUUUUUCUUACUUUCACCCUUUCUUCCAUUUUUUUCACUUUCACCCUUUAUUCCUUUUUUUACAUUCAUCCUUUCUUCCGUUUUUCUUACUUUCACCCUUUCUUUCUUUUUUUCUUACAUUUACCCUUUCCUCCUUUUUUUUACUUUCCCUUUUUCUUCCUUUUUUUUACUUUCAACCUUUCUUUUUUUAUUUACAUUCACCCUUUUUUUUAUUUACAUUCACCCUUUCUUCCUUUUUUCUUACUUUCACCCUUUCUUCCUUUCUUUUGCUUUCACCCUUUCUUCCUUUUUUUUUACUUGCACCCUUUUUUCCUUGCUUUUACUUUCGCCUCUCCUUCAAUUCUUUUACUUUCACCCUUUCUUCCUUUUCCUUACUUUCACCCUUUCUUCCUUUCUUUUACUUUCACCAUUUCUUCCUUUCUUUUACUCUCACCCUUUCUUCCUUUUUUUUUACUUUCACCUUCUCUUCCUUUUUUUACUUUAACCCUUUCUUCCUUUUUUUACUUUCACCUUUUCUUCCUUUUUUUCCUUUCACCCUUUCUUCCUUUUUUUUUUUACUUGCAACCUUUUUUCCUUGCUUUUACUUUCACCUCUCCUUCAUUUCUUUUACUUUCAACCUUUCUUCCUUUUCCUUACUUUCACCCUUUCUUCCUUUCUUUUACAUUCACCAUUUCUUCCUUUCUUUUACUCUCACCCUUUCUUCCUUUUUUCUUACUUUCACCCUUUCUUCCUUUUUUUUACUUUCACCUUUUCUUCCUUUUUUUACUUUCACCCUCUCUUCCUUUCUUUUACUUUCACCAUUUCUUCCUUUUUUUUACUUUCACCUUUUCUUCCUUUUUUUACUUUCACCAUUUCUUCCUUUCUUUUACUCUCACCCUUUCUUCAUUUUUUCUUACUUUCACCCUUUCUUCUUUUGUUUUUAUUUUUACCCUGUCUUCCUUUCUUUUACUUUCUCCCUUUCUUCCUUUUUUUUUACUUUCACCUUCUCUUCCUUUUUUUACUUUCACCCUUUCUUCCUUUGUUUUACGUUCACUCUUUCCUCUUUUUUUUACUUUCACCCUUUUCUUCCAUUUUUUACUUUCACCCUUUCUUCAUUUUUUUUACCUUAA